AUAACUGUGAUAAUUAGAGAGUAUCCACUAAUUUUUAGUGAUUUUUACUUCAGAAUUAGUGUACAAUCACUGAAAACUCAGUGUGUUUAUUUCACUGAUUGACAAGUUAUAAGUAUACCACUGAAAUCAGUGUAUACUAUUUUCACUGAUUUCAGUGAUUAUUCAUUGAUUGCAAUUUAAAGAGUAGUCUCUAUUAUCUCAAAGAGAUACAGCGAUGAAAGGUAUUUGAUAUCAUUUUGCAUAACGUUAUCUAAUUAUCAUAAAUAUAGCUCGUGUGUAUCAAUUUUUCUGUGGCGUUAGUUAAUGGUGGAGAAAUGAGGAAACAUAUGGAUUACUCAACCAGUCGACUCACUUCGACCUCUAUAAUAAAUUCAAGAAGACUUGCAAUGAUGAUUCACUGACAAACAGGUCUACGGUUGUAUUUAUCAUGCCGCUUCGCUAACAUUUGUGUUGAUCGCAGAUUCGUAUCGUGUCAUCGUCGCAAAACGUUAUAAAUUACGUCAGACAUAAAUAAUAUCUGAAUCAUCUUUCAAGAGAAACGGACUUAAUUUUAUGCGAGUGUCAAUAGGAUUCUUGAGAUGACUUGCUUCUUCAAGAGUUUCAAGACAGAUUGUAAUGAGUUGGUGGUAAUCAAGUUACACGAGUUGCGACAUUGAUAAAUGAGUUUUUAAAUGGCUGCAAGAACUUUGGUAAAUGUCAUGAAUCGAUUCGCGCUAAAAUAACCCGUAUCUUAUAGAAUACCUUGAACUUGUUCCGUCUAAAUCUUUUUACAUAUAAAGCACUCUUUCCUUCGGUUAAAAUUAACCAGCGUUUAAUACACGAAUUAAAUACAUUUCUAAUUAGAAUCGAAAUAUUAUUUAAUUAAGGUCAAAUCUUCAUUUUUUUAAACCUUUGUUAUACACAUUUAGGAAAAAGGAUUAUUUUAGAUUAACUUCUCUCUCUCUUUCUAAAUAUUUUGAACAUACGCACACACAUGGUUGUUUGGAAUUACAUAUUAUACUUUUUUAUUUAAAAUAAGAAGCACACGAAUUUCACGCUACUCGCAAAUUUUUAUUAAAUAGAAUAUUGAUAUUUGUUUGUAAUAAAUUAGUGUGGGUGUUAGACGCAAGAGUUAUUCAUACAUUUUUCAUCAUCUUACAUCGGGAAUUACGACAGUUGAGACACUGCUAAGAAACCUUAGUAUUUUGCGCUUUCGCAAUGUGCGGUGAGAAGGAUAGCACGACAAAACUGAAAAUUGGUAUUUUAACCAAGAGUCACACUGAAUUACGUGAAGUUAAUCGCAUUCUUCACGGUCGCUCUUCCGUCCAAGGACCGUCAGUGGUACAAUUUCGCACACAAGCACAUAAAAUGCACGGCUUUAAUUUAUUGUACGCGUACACGCGAGCACGGUUUAAUGUCGGGACGGCGAGGAAGAUGAAGAAAAGAAUCGUCCGACUCGAAGUGGGCGCACGCUCAAUUAAGGCGCGACCACACGUGGGGAACAGCCUUGCCGCGUGAGCCCCUCCAGGCCAACGGCGACGGAAAGGGGGAUUAGUGCACGCUCAAUUAAGGGGAGCACGUAGCCCGGAACGGACAUUGCUCCAGAACACGUCGCGCUGCACCGACUUCGUCAAGUCCACUCUUACAUACUUCGCUUAAUAGUCUUCAAAGGCAAAAGCUGCGUUUAGGAACGUUUAAUUCGGCACUUAACGUCGACGGCAAUUUACUUUUUGCGCAAUCGAUGUCGCGUUAUUGUGAAAAUAUUGCAAUUUGAUAUUCAUCUUUUAAGAUCAGUCCUUAAUUUUGACGGAAAAGAUUAUCUCGAAACAACAUCCGUAAGUGUAAAUUUAUAUGUACAGUUGAAGAUUACUUGUCUAUCCUUACGAGACUAGAAAGAAAUUUUUUGAAUUUUUUACAAUUCUUUAUAUUUACAUUAUAUAAUUAAAAUAUAGAAGAGUAUAAAAUUAUAGAUAAAAUUGUACGCGUGCGACAAAAACGUUAUAAAUUAUGUAAUAGAAUAUUACUUAUUAUAUUAGAUUUUCUAACACGUGUGCAAAACCUGUGCAAUCUUUAAUUAGUCCUUCCGAUAUUUCAAAAAUCAUUUCGAAACGGUACAUGCCGGUACAAGUAAUUUUCUGCAUAAAUUAUCCCUCUCGGAACAAACGCAACGAACGUACUAUUUAAUUAACUUUACACCGCGAGUAGCAGAAUUAAUUUACCGAUAAUUGCAGUCGUAGGCACUGUGCAAUCCCUUUUUUUUCCCCCCGUAAGAUCGCAUGAUUCGUUCGCGGGGUUCUGUCGGAUCUCGCGAAUUUCCCGUUAUUCGCUCCAUUCAUUUCUUGACGCGGUUCAGCAAAAAGUGUUUACGUGUGAAUACCGGCUCUCGCCAAUGAAAUAUUCGCGGCUAUGGAGAUGUGUUUCUUCGAUGCGGAAGUCGAUCUGGCUCCGAGUAUUCCGGAGAAGGUGGCCGCGUAGGUGAAGGUUAUGCAAGAAAGGUUACAGGGGACUGGUACUUCUACGGUUUUACAUAGAUGUCGAAGCCGCAAGGCUCUCGAAGCUUACUCAUUAAAAUUCUUCACGUUAAUGCAAUGCCGGAUAUUCGCAAACUUCUUGCUACGGCCAGUUCCUCUUAAGACGUAAUUGCAUUUAAUUGGGCGCUUGAUUAAGACGGACAUCGCGAAGAAGCGAUUCGCGUAUCAUAUUUUUCUUCAAUCUCCAAGUCGAUUUAAUUGCAAUCUGGACGGGGGGGGUAAAUCGAACAGAGAGAUAAACCGAAGUAUAAAUUUCAAUAUUGAAAGAAAGAUUUUCAAUAACGUCAAUUAAAUGUGCUGAGAGAUGGGAAUUUUCCAUUAAUGUCUUGACCUAACACGCGAUUUAUUCCCGGACAAAAAUUUGGUAUGCCUUGCAUCGGAUCAAGUCCAAAUACAGGUCUUGGCGUGGGGUAUACCGGAUUUGACAUACCAAACCGGUAAUUUUAUACACACGCGCGCGCGCGCGCGCAUCAUAUCGAAUCAUCGUAGAGGCAAGAAUAUAUUUUUCGUAGCAGCAAUGCACAUGUACAUAUAUUUUUUCACUGUUCUUUCUCGUUUUUUCAUCGGAAUUACAUGAAAGAACAAUACUGUGUUUUUAGAAAUAAUGCUACUAGAAGAAUUUUAGUACAAGAAAACUUUGAAAAUUUGUGCACAUGUGUUAUCGAUGUAGUUGUUUGUAGAGAUAUAUUAAUGUUCUAUUGCUACAUCAAUAUUCCGCGCGCAAAUAGGCAAAUUUGGCCGAUAAAACUGACGUCAUCGGCAUCCCCUUAAAUAUAAAAUUUGCAUGCAUCGUGUACUCCGUUAUUAAAUUGUGAUUUACUUGCGCAAUUAAAUAUUUCAACAAGAAAAAUGUCGGGGGUAUCGAUUUUCUCGCAGGGCGGGCUUUUACAUGUGCGACGUGAUCUCGAUGCGCCUUGCGCUUAUUCUCACGACCGUAAUCGCAAGGGUGUUACUUCCGGCCGAUACGUCGGCGCCGUAGCGGCGGCACCGACGUCCGGCGACACCGAGUCGGUACGUCACUCGCGUAACGUCACUCGUAUGUGCAUCCACGGCCACGUGCUCCGUCGUUCUUGCAUCCCGUUCUAAAUGUUCACGUCGCUCGUGUAAUGUGUACAUUGCCGAGGAAUUCUUGAGUCUUCUCACGUGAAUGUUGGCUACGACGUACAAACGCGCGGCCCAAAAGACGUUGCGUAUUCGGUACGUGAUGCCGGCGGCGCACCUGACGCUGCGCGAGGAGGACGUGGUGCGACUGACCUUGGAGUUUCUCCACAGCCGCGACCUUCACAUCUCGCAGCUCUCGCUCGAGCGUGAGACCGGUGUGAUAAACGGCCAGUACAGCGACGACGUACUCUUUCUGCGUCAGCUGAUCCUCGACGGACAAUGGGACGACGUACUCGAGUUCAUCCAGCCGCUAGAAGCGCUGUCGGAUUUCGACAUGCGAAAGUUCACGUAUUCUAUCCUGCGUCACAAAUACGUCGAGCUACUGUGCAUUAAAUCCGAGGCGAACGUUAUCGCCACCGGGACGAACGGCAGCGUCGACAAUGCCGUGGAGGAGGUUGUCAAGGUGUUGAACGACCUUGAAAAGUUUGCACCCUCUAAGGAGGAGUACAGCGGUCUGUGCCUGUUGCUUACUCUGCCGCGGCUGACGGAUCACCUGCAGUACAAGGACUGGAAUCCCAGUAAUGCGAGGGUGCAAUGUUUCCGCGAAGUUUAUCCUUUAGUAGAGAAGUUCCUGCCGGGUGACAGGAAGAGCGCCGACCCCUCGCAUCCGAUUACCUCGGCGAAAAAUGACCGGCUCAUUCAGCUUAUCAUUAAGGGCAUCUUGUACGAGUCCUGCGUAAAUUAUUGCCAAGCGAAGGCUACCGGAUCGAAAGAGAGUGAACAAGUAGAGAUGAGUUUUUCUAGGCUACUGGAUGGAUCCGUAGGUUUCAGCGAUUCGGACUUAAGUUUACUCUCAUGGCUUCAAAGUAUACCUCCCGAAACGUUCGCCGUACCCUUCGCACAAAGAACCCUGAACGUCGACGUGGAGCGCCUGGAGAGGCCCUCCUUGGAGACCUCGUGGACUGAGCAUAUGCUGAUAACGCCAAUCAAACCGAAGACUUUCCCGCACAGCGCCAUGCCAUUCACCAGGCCAAGAUCCGCCGCGGACAUGAUGUCUCGCAGUUUAGUACCGGCUUUGGAGGCUGGUCUCGGGCCCAGAAGUCCCAAGAACACAUCCAUACCAUCGGCGGCGCUUAUGGCGCUGUCCGUUGGUGACGUAAAUGCAGCGAUGUCUAAAUCAUCGUUCGCUAGCUUUCAUUUGACCGGUUUUAAGAAUAACAAAUUGAUGAAUACUAGCGUCGAUAGGCUCUUCGAGAAUGAAGGUGACGUCUUCCUUAGUUCGAAUUAUGCAGAGUUUCAACAGCUACCUUCGAUACAAGAGACCACGAUGAAUGCUCAACCUAAGGCUCCGCCGAGAACUCGCGGAAACUCCAAAAGCCCCGACGGCAUGGAUCCUUCAGCGACAUCCACGCCAGAGCGCAGAGUGCCUGGAAGGGAAUCGCCGGCACCUUCGACCGCCAGGAGUUCUAGAAGGGAUUCCUUGGCGGAAAAACCUACGGGAGUUGCGGCCAAAAUUACAGACCCAUCCGUGAUACCGAUGAGGACGAUGGUAGCUCCUAGUGACAACCACGAACAAAGUUACAACGGUGGCCUAUUCAAGGAAUACCAGAAACAAAAGCAAAGGUUGCAGGAAACCAUUCAGCAAAAGGAAAGGGAAAGGGACGAAUUAGUCAGACAGUUAACUGCACCCAUGGUAGCAGAUAAUAGACUUCAAGGAGAAGGGAUAAAGCAGCCUUUGGGAAGCAAAGGACCUUCGCCCGUUCACACGAGUCCACCUGUCCGAUCUGGAAUCCAGUCGCCGAAGCCUACGAUCAAUGGAUCGGAUCCAGUCGCAAGGCAAAAUUCGGUGUCAAGCGGUAUUUACGAUUCGAGAGUGUCAGAAGGACAUUACGACGUCAUCAAACCGAAGCAAGAGCCGAGACCGGAACUCGACACCAGCAAUGGAAGCAGCAACGGCGGCGGAAGGCCGCGUUUCGUUCCCGUCACCGCCCUGGAGGACGUGCAGGCGAUACGCUGCGCCGAAUUUCACCCCCAUGGGAAGCUGUACGCCGUGGGAUCGAACUCGAAGACGCUCCGGAUAUGCGCCUACCCGAAGUUGCACGACGUUAGGGAGGAUCAUCAGACGUAUCAGCCCACCGUUCUCUUCAAGAGAACGAAGCAUCACAAAGGCUCCAUAUACUGCCUCGCGUGGACACCGGACGGCCGGCUGAUUGCAACCGGGAGCAACGACAAAACUGUGAAGUUGAUGCGCUUUAACGCCGAUACAUCAAAUCUUGAAGGGCAAGAGGUCGAAUUGACUAUGCAUGAUGGUACGGUGCGUGACCUGUGCUUCCUCGAGGAUACGUCAAAUAAAUCGAGCCUCCUGAUCAGCGGUGGUGCUGGCGACUGCAAAAUUUAUGUUACCGAUUGCACGACCGGUACACCUUUCCAGGCCUUGAGCGGCCACAGCGGCCACGUGCUGACGCUGUACAACUGGGGAGGAGCGAUGUUCGUUAGUGGAUCGCAGGAUAAAACAGUCAGGUUCUGGGAUCUGAGAACAAGAAGCUGCGUUAAUAUGGUCACACCUGCGACGGUACCUGGCAGCCGGGUCGGCAGCCCUGUAGCCGCACUGUGCGUAGAUCCUUCUGGCCGACUGUUGGUGUCCGGUCAUGAGGAUAGCAGUUGCGUUCUCUUCGACAUUCGUGGCGGUAGAACGGUGCAAUGCUUCAAACCUCACGCUGCAGAUAUCAGGAGCAUACGAUUCUCACCGUCGGCGUAUUACUUAUUAACGGGGGGAUACGACAACAAAUUAGUACUCACAGACUUACAAGGUGAUCUUACAAUGCCUCUACCUAGCGUCGUAGUCGCUCAACAUCAGGACAAAGUCAUUUCUGGACGUUGGCACCCAACAGAGUUUUCGUUUCUCAGUACUUCCGCGGAUAAAACUGCAACCCUGUGGGCCUUACCGCCUGUUUAAAAGUCCGACAUGAUAACGCACAUGCGUCGUUAUUUAUUUGUUUUUUAAAGACACUUUAACAUAAUUUAUCUUUGACAUUGUUGUCUAGAUUUUUUUUUUUUUUUUGACAUUUUGAAUCCUAAGAAAAGAUUCAUAUUUUGAUUUCGAUUUUCAAAUAACCCCGUAGAUAUAGCCACGUAUGAAAUUUCGAGCGAUAUUAAUGUUCUAAUACAUUUACGUAUAUUUGCACAUUUUAUUUUUUAAAUGACCAAUUAAAACUUCGAUUUACAUGACUGUGUCAUUAACCUGCAGUGUAAUACAUCGAUAGUAAAGCAUUUAAAUGAUUAAAACGUAACACGCUUUGAAGACUCGGGCUAAAAGGGAAUAAAGAACGCAUAGAUCGAGCGAUAUUGGACGAGCAUCGGUAGAGUUAUUUUUAACUGUGAAUUUAAUAUUGGGAGUGACAAGACUGCGGAUGAAUAUCCCUCACUUCGACGCUGUUUUACAACUACGCGAAGUUUGAUUGUAUACAUCGUAAAUUUUUAAAUAUCUUUUUUUGCAACAUGAAAAUAGACUUUCAGAUUUAAAAGAUGUUUUUUUUUCUUUUUUUUUUCCAAGACAACGCACGCGUACUUAUUAAACCCGCGAUGCGAUAUAUCCCUUUCCCGGUCUCUUUUUUAAUGUAAUUUUGUUGUAAUCAGAAAUGCUUGUAUUGUAGAUAUAUUGAGUUAAGUUAAGCAAGUUUUAGAAAUAUGAUACUCACGCUCCUGUACAAAGGACGUUUACUUUCUAGUUUUAAGUCGCUCUCUUACUUUCGCUUAGUAUCGCAUCGUUUUAUAUGGAAACAUUCGUUCUAAUUAUUUUAUCUUUGAUUUAUUGCAAAACUUGUUGCCACAAUUGUCGCAACUUGCGCGCGCGAUUAAAAUUUACAUAGAUGCUCAUACUUCCAUCUCCAUGUUCUCAACUCACAAGCCAAAUAUACACACGCGUCUUAACAUAAUACAUAUAGUAUAUAUACAUAUAUAUCUGUAUUUACGAAAGAAAUUAUAUAUGUACGCUCAUACUAAUCACUAUUUUUUACGGACUAAAUUAGAUAAAUCGAGAGAAUUUAUCCGAGCGUCAAGCAAUUACGCGACUCGUCGCGACAUGUGACUAAGUUACGCGAUUCACGUAAAGAAGAUAGUAUUCUUUAGGAAUAAAGUCGUAGGGACUAACAAUUAGACUUAAUUUGCUUGUCGUAAUCGCCAAAGCUCGUAGUAGCAGCAAACUGAAAGUGAAAGAGAAAGAGAAAAGUACGCAUCAUUUUGCGCUAUCAAAAGCAAAUUUUUCAUUGAUUGUAAUGAUUUGAUGGUUGAACAUGGGACGAAGAUUUUGUAAAUACACGUUCAUCAGCACCUAAACUCGGCAAAUCUUUAAUUAAUUUAGUAAUCUGUUGGGUGAUGAUGCGCGCAAUCAUAUCAUUAUUUGCUUAUCCCUACUUCGACGACAACAUUGUUAAGAGUUUUAUUUUGUCCUGUUAGCAUAUUUUUUCGGCGUAUGGACAAAUCAUAUUUUAAGCUCGCGUAUGUAUUCAAGGAGAGAAUGGAAAAGAGAUAUUAAAGAUAAGAGAUAAUAAAAGCAGAAUAAAAGGGAAAUGAGGCGAAUAAUAGAAAGGUUAAAGUUAAUUGCUCGCUAAAUAAGUUCAUGAUCUUUUGUGUUCAAUCAUUCGCAAGAUCGCAUCGAUAUAUAUAUAUAUUUACUAAACAAUUAUUUUUUGCCCUCUGGAAAAAAACUUAUUGAUAAAACCCGUUGUUCCAUUCAUUUUUCAAUUAUUUUUUAACUCUAAUUGUAGAAAAUAAAAUUAAAUGAAUUUUCGAUGGGGUGUCGCACACCCUAGUGUGUAUGUUAAGAGUUAAUAUUGUUGUAUGCAAUUUUUUAAAAUAAUUUGACAAAAAUUCCAAAUUUUAUAUAUAGAUAAUCGAGUUACAACAUAUUUCUGCAUUCGUAAAAAUAUGAUUAUUAGUGAUUUUGCAUUUCGUAUCUUGCUAACAACUUUGUUUCUCUAUUUCACGCAUCUUGUAAUGAUUGAAGAAAGAUUGGAAUGACGAUGGCGAGCAAACGAAUGGGAAGGAAGCGAUCAUUUGUUAAUAGCGACUUAAUGCAAACAUCUGCUUCCAUGUAGCAAUUUAUCGUGCCUUCUGUCGUGGCUGCUUUCAGCGAUUUACACUUAUUUUUGUAUUUUUUGUGAGCUCUUAUUCCUCCCCCGUCCCUUCCGCUCCUUCAUAUUCCUCAUCCCACAAUGAUAAUCCUCAUCUCAAUGUAUCUAAAACGAGUUCAUAAAUCAACAUCUAAAAUAAAAGUCUCUCAUUAUCUCGUACUCGAGUAUUACCGCAUAACGCACUAUAUAUAAAUAUGCAUAACUUAUAACUUUGUACUUUUCUUGUAGAUAUAUACGAUAUAUGUCACGUCUAAUUUAAAUAAUAAUAAAAUUUAUGUUAUUAAA